AUGAGUACCGUUGCAUUCACACUCAUUAGUGUAUUUUUGUGCUGAUAGGAAGCGAUCUAUCUAUAUGCCAGCCACUUUGUAGAAAAAUAUUGUGCCAGCUCUCGUUCGACUGUUGUAUGGCAAAAAGUAUUUUUAUUAAAGUCGUACUAAAUGCUGUGUGCGCGUGUUUUCUAACUUUCAAUCCGUAAAAACUUGUAAAAAUUAUUUGUCGUUAAACUUUUCUUUAAAGAAGUAAAAUAUUACCUAUUUUCAAACUUCACAAAAAUGGUUGAAAUUACUUUGCCGUUCAUGCAUUUGGUGGAAAUGGGAGCGAAGAUGGUAUCACACCGCAUACAACAAUACCGUUUGGCCACCAAUGAAACAGUUAUAGUAGACACAAGCUAUGGGCAGGUGAAAGGUGUUAAACGCAAAACCAUCUACGACCACGACUUCUAUGCCUUUGAAGGAAUACCAUACGCUAAACCACCAGUUGGUGAGCUGCGAUUCCGUGCACCACAGCCACCGGUACCUUGGACAGGUGUACGCAAUUGUACGAGCACAGGAAAUCGACCGAUGCAAAGGCACUUUAUACUCGGCAUAUUGCAAGGCUCGGAAGACUGCUUGAAUUUGAAUGUGUACGCGAAAGAGUUAAAAUCUGAUAAACCCUUGCCGGUAAUGGUUUGGAUCUACGGCGGAGCCUAUCAGAUUGGCGAAGCUACGCGAGAUCUUUAUGCGCCGGAUUAUUUCAUGGAGCGAGAUGUCGUACUGGUAACAGUCAACUAUAGACUAGGCGCGCUAGGUUUCCUCUCCUUGAACGAUCCAGAUUUACAAGUACCCGGCAACGCAGGCCUGAAAGAUCAAUUGCUUGCUCUGCGCUGGAUUCAAGAGAACAUCGCCAAUUUCAAUGGCGAUCCAAAUAAUGUCACACUUUUUGGUGAGAGUGCGGGUGCCGCUUCUACACAUCUGCUUAUGCUAGCGCCAAAAGCACAAGGGCUCUUCCAUAAAGCCAUCUUGCAAUCGGGUUCCGCCCUCUGCCCGUGGGUUGAAGCACAACCGAGAGACUGGGCUUUUCGACUUGCCGUCGAGCUGGGAUAUAAGGGUGGAAAUGCCGAUAAAGAAGUAUUUCGUUUCCUCUCGAAAACAAGCGCUUCGAGAAUUGUAAGCGCACAAAACCGUUUGAUAUUACCGCAAGAAGAACAUGAGCGUAUUAUGUUUGCCUUCACGCCGCUCGUGGAACCAUACGAAAGUGCUGACUGCCUGCUGGCGAAGCCUUUUAAAGAUCUACUCAUUACUGCCUGGAGUAAUGAGAUUCCUGUAAUACUCGGUUCAAAUACGCAUGAAGGACUCUUUCAUUAUGCUGAAACUAAGCGCAAACCAUAUUUGGUCAACGAACUAGCUGAUUUCGUGCAUAUGCUGCCAACGGCAGUGAAAGGCGAGCGUGAAGCACAUGAACAAAAAGAGCUGGCGCUACGUAUUAAGGAAGCACAUUUUGGUGAAAAAGUGCCACAUCAUAAUGAUACAUUCGAUAAUUACUUAGAAAUGGUGUCUUACAGACAUUUCUUCAGUGACAUUCACCGCACACUUUUGGCUCGUAUGGCCUAUGCUCCUAAUGUACCCACCUACCUCUAUCACUUUGCAUUCGAUUCGCCACAUUUCAAUCAUUAUCGCAUUUUGAAUUGUGGCAAAUCUGUGCGUGGCGUUUCGCAUGCCGAUGAUCUCUCCUACCUCUUCUACAAUGUGAGUGCCGGUAAAUUAUCGUCGUACAGUGAUGAAUUCAAGACAGUACAACGUAUGACUGGUAUGUGGACAGCAUUUGCUACGACAGGCAAUCCGAAUUGUGAGGAAAUCGCAUCGACCAGCUGGCAACCGGUUGAAGCGAACGAUGCGGAGCGCGCACAACCGAAAUGCCUAAAUAUUGAGGAGGAAGUUGAAUUCAUUACACUUCCACAGGAAAAGCUCAAAGUCUGGGAAAGUUUAUAUACAAACAACAGUUUAUAUUGAGGGAAUCUCUUGCUUAGUUAUCGUUGCUUGCCAGUGCGUUAUUAAUAUAUAUUAUCCGCGUAAAGAAUUUCGUUUACUCUUAAAACUUGUUGUGUUAAAUAUU